UAGCACUGUGUGACUUUGGACAAAACCCAUUCUCUUCAGUCUGAAUCUCAGUUCCCUAAUUUGUAAAAGAAAGGGUUGGACGGAUUAUCUCUAAUAUUUCUUCCAAUUCUAAAUCCUAUAAUCCUGUAGCCUUACUAUUGAUAUUUUAAAAUGACUUAUUUCUUUCUACUGGAGUCCAGACCAGCAAAGCUAUUAAAACUUUUUAACCAUUUUCUUUUGGAUUAGUGAAGGAACUAUCAACGCAUGCACUUAGUCUCGGAAUCCUUGUAAUUUCUUUAGCAAAAACAAGACAUAGAAGAGAAUGUUCCCAUUGAAAUCAAGUUUCUCAAUGAAUUCAAGUGGGUGGAAACCAGCGCAACAAACAGCCAGCGAUUUCCAGUGAGAGGCUGGACAAAGACCCUGGAGCUGGGGCACUCCCGGUCUGGCACCGGAAGGGUAAAGAAAAUCCAAGCUCCCUCCAAGCGACCCAGUUAUGCAAGGGCAACGUGGGCCCCGCCAGAGGCUCUGAGGGUGGGUUGUCGGUAUUGGCAGUGGCUACUGAAGGAGGAGCAGGUGAUGGAUUGGCCGCAAAGGCUGCGGCACCCGCCGCCCUUCUCGUCCCUAAAUUUGCAGCCGCAGUUUCCAGUGACUGGACAUUCUUUGCUCUACGUCCUGCCCCUCUGGGCCAAGAGCUGAGCAGCAGCCGUAGACGCAGCAAGCAUGGCUCUGGAACGGCCCCAGCAGGGUCUCAGCGGGAAGUUUCUUAACGACCUCCCAGAUUCCUCUCCGCUACUGCAAUCUGGCAUCAGCGAGCUCCGUCAGCGAGCUGAAGCGGACGACGGCCAGAACUGGCCAUUGCCCCUCACUGAUGCUUUCUUGCUGAGGUUUCUUCGCGCCAGGGAUUUUGACCUGGAUCUGGCCUGGAAGUUAAUGAAAAACUAUCACAAAUGGAGAGAGGAAUGUCCUGAAAUAACUGCAGAUCUCCGUCCUACAACUAUCCUUGGCCUUUUGAAUUCUGGUUACCAUGGGGUCCUGAGAUCCAGGGACCCAACUGGAAGCAGAGUUCUUAUUUAUAGAAUUGCACAUUGGGACCCAAAAGUUUUCACAGCUUAUGAUGUAUUUCGUGUAAGUCUUAUCACAUCAGAGCUCAUUGUUAAGGAAGUAGAUACACAACGGAAUGGAAUUAAAGCUAUCUUUGAUCUGGAAGGAUGGCAGUUUUCUCAUGCCUUUCAAAUCAGUCCAUCUGUUUCCAAGAAGAUUGCUGCUGUGCUAACAGACUCUUUUCCCUUAAAAGUUCGUGGUAUCCAUUUGAUAAAUGAGCCUAUAAUCUUCCAUACUGUCUUUUCUCUGAUUAAACCUUUUCUGACUGAAAAAAUUAAGCAACGGAUUCAUAUGCAUGGAAGCAAUUAUAAAGAAAGCUUAUCCCAGCAUUUUCCAGAUAUUCUACCCCUAGAGUAUGGUGGUGAAACAUGUUCCAUGGAGGACCUUUGCCAAGAGUGGAGAGAUUUUAUAAUGAACUCUGAAGAUUAUCUUCUUAGCAUUUCUCAAGAUGUUCAAUAAUACCGUAUCUUAAGAGAAACUAUAGGAGAGGCUUUACUAAUUCAAAUCCUGGGGAAUUUCUUCAUGGUAAU